AUGUUCAUCGUAAUGGAACUAUUAGGGAAAAGCUUAUCAGAGCUCCGAAAGAAAAGUGAUGGCAAAAAGUUUGACGCGAUAACGGCGCUACGCGUCGGUCUGUGCAUGACAGAUACAUUGCGAGUUCUUCACGAUAUGGGCUUCCUUCACAGGGAUGUCAAACCUGGAAAUAUGUGUGUUGGACUUACACCAGAAACCAUUCGAAGAAUCUAUCUGCUGGAUUUUGGCCUUGCACGGCAAUUCAAAGUUGUUUGCUUUGAUAUAAAGGUACUGCCCGCCAGGGAUGUUCGAGUACUUUUACAGGAGAAAGGAAAGAUUAAACGUCGUGGUCAUGUCGGAUUUCGUGGUACGCUUCGGUAUGUGUCGCUGAAUGUGCAUGAAAGGAGAGAUCAGUGCCCUUGUGAUGACUUAAUAUCGAAUUUCUACUCGAUGGCUGAACUGUCCGAAGGUAGCCUUCCAUGGACAAGGUUGCGAGAUCCUGAAGACAUUGCAAGGCGGAAGAGAAACACAUCAUUCGAGGAAUUAUUCCCGUUAGUUAAGUUUAGCGGUAUGUCGACGGAAUUGCAGGAGUACUACACGUACUGCUAUGAUAAUGUUGAAGAUCCGAACCAGCCCAGCUAUGACUUUCUCAAAGACGUCAUCAAGAAAAGCUUUCCGGCUGGAUUUGACUUCAACACUCCCAUGCCUUGGGAGCUCAAGAUGGGUGAGGCCACGAUUGGUCCGGUGAGCCAAGACGGUGGUGAAUGCGCAGAACACGAACCGAACAAGUAA